CGGAUGUUGUGUCCAUAAAGGUCGUUUCCAGGUCGUUUCCACCAUGAGCACCGACACACACGCAAUACCGUCGGUCCGUCCGUCCUAGAGCCAACUACCCCCGGCAAAGCACAGCAGAGGAACGUCAUCCAGCCAUCAAUCCAUCCUAGACCCACAAGACGGACAGACAGACAGAACAAUCAAUCAACCAACCAACCAGCCGGCCAGCCAGACAACCAACGUCAUACAAAUAGCACCUAGUUCCAUCCAUCCAUCAGCCGCGUCAAGAGUGAGCCAGGACAAAACAAAACCACUCAGAGAGAAAGAGAGAGAGAAAGCUACGCGUGCAUCGGUUGUGCGUAGGACAAGCACUGCUGCCCCUUUGCUACGUAAAGGAGGAGGGAUGUUGUCGAAACACGGAAAACAUAUCCCCGUCCCCCGUCCCUCCCUCCCUCCCUCCCCUGUGCCAGCCAUCUUCGUCAGGUCAGCCAGACCGACGGCAAUGGACACCUAGCUAUCGAUGUAUAGAUGUGUGUCUAUCUAUCUAAUUGGCCCCUUGCCUCUCCCCUCCCCCCUCUCUCUGCUCUUCCCCCUCCCCUUCGGCGUCGUCUUCUUGGCCAUCGUCACCGUCACGCAGCGGCGACAGAUCGCAGCUGCUCAUGGCCGCCAAGGGGCACGGGCGCAAAGGGGGGCUGAACGACGGAGGGGGCGGGAUCGACACCGCUGCGAGAUCAUGACCAUGAUCAUGAUCCUGCUGCUGAUGUCCCUGCUGGGGGGAAGAGGUGUCCUCCCCGCCGUCUUGGCGUGAGUCCGUGUCGACGGCAUCGUCGUGGGACUCUUCUUCUUGCUCGUCCGCGUAUCUAUGUGGUUCGGAGCAGUCGAAGAAGGGGUGGAAGCAGCGGGACGGCAGGAGGGGCCCGGGGCUGGCCGGCGGGGUGGGCACGCGGGGGUCGGGGCUCAGGAAGGACGGCACCGGGCUCGCGUCAUGGGCAGGGAUCUGCACCCGAUCCCACUCCAUGUGACGACGCAGCAACCGCGGGCCCUUAUCCCUCUCCCCCUCCCUCCCCGGCUGGUCGGUCUGCUCAUCGAAGAAUGCGGCCAGUGUGCUGUGGUCGAAUCGUCGAGCGGGUUGGUAGAGGGGCAUGGGUUGGUCGGGUGGCGGCGGGGGCGGGGGGAGGUUGGCGGGGUCGGGCUUGUGCAGCCGACGGGUGCGGUCGACGAUGUGAAGGUUCCUCACCACGUUGUCGCGCCACUUGAUGCGGGUCCACGAGUAGACCUGCACGCGGCAGUUGGGGCACGUUAUGGGCGUCCGCUGCCGGGCCCAAUUCAACAUGCACUGCACACACACAUCACAUCCACAGACAGAGAUACCCAUCCAGCCAUCUGUGUGUGGCUGUGUGUGGCUGUGUGGGCGGUUGGCUGGGCUGCUUGCCUUGUGGUGGAAGAGGUGUCCGCAUGCGAGUCGUAUGACGCGUUGCGAGGGCUGCUGGUUGAGCCGAUGCAGGCAGAUGGUGCACUCCUUGCGCGAACACUUGGACAACACGUGGUUCUGACUGCACACACACAACACAACACGACGCAACAGACAGACACAGGGAGACAAUCCAUCCCACCAUUUCACAUACAUCAUUUUACCCCGGCCCAGCCCAGCCCCAACCAAGCGCACCGUUCGUUGCAUCUGAGAGUGUUCCAUGGCGCAGCAGACGCCAUACAGCCACUGCUCGAACCGCUGCCCAAACUCGGUCCGGAAAAAGGCGUUGAGCGCAUGCUCCCACCACGACGUGUUGCUCCCGCCCGUCGUCGCCACCGCACCUCCUCCAUCUGCCUCUGCCUCAGCAUCUCCAUCGCUCGGCGACUGGGCGUCCUCCAAGUCCCCCACCUCGUCGAGCAGGCCGGGGCCGUCGUAGCCGUCGAGGUAGUCGGCCUCCAUGAGCUGGAGACCAGCAGCAGCUGGUGCUCGUCCGCCUCGGUCUCUCCUCCAUUGCUGCCAGAAAUGGCCGAGCCGCCCUGGAACUGCUGGGUGGACGUGGCUGUCGACUCGGUGGCGCCAAAGGAUGACGAUGACCCGUCGGCCAACCCAUCUACCGAAGCCUCAUCCAUCGCUGCUGCUACUUGUAGGUAGAGUGCUGGACGGCUGCUCUUGCGUUCGCUUCCUUUCAGGCCGUCGAACGCUGGUCUACUCGUCUACGCCGUGCUGCCCUUUUAUCGUUC